AUGACGGUAGAAAGUUUUGAUGAUCUCUUACAACGGGUGUCACCUCACAUUCAAAGGCAAGACACCACUUUCCGCCGCUGUGUUUCCCCAGCAGAACGCCUGUUGUUGACCAUAAGGUUUCUUGCAAGUGGAGAAAGUUUUAGCUCACUCCAUUUCCAAUUUCGCCUUGGCAUAUCGACUGUUUCCAUUAUUGUGAAGGAGACAUGCCGUGUUUUGUGGGAUCAACUUCAUGAUGAAUUUAUUCCACAUCCAACUAGACAGCAUUGGACAGAAAUUGCUGAAAAAUAUUGGGACAUUUGUCAGUUUCCCAACUGCAUAGGUGCAGUAGACGGGAAACAUAUAAGAAUAAUCAAGCCCCAAGGAACCGGAUCUGAGUUUUACAACUAUAAGAAAUAUUUUUCAAUAAUUCUAAUGGCUAUCGCUGAUGCAGAAUAUCGUUUUGUUGCCGUCUACGUGGGGGCCUAUGGACGCACCAACGAUUCCAUGGUUUUUAAAAAUUCUUAUAUGGGCCGUAGUCUAUAUAAUAGAGAAUUUGAUUUCCCGCAGCCUCAACCACUGCCAGGUACUGAUGCCCCACCCAUGCCGUUUGUAUUGGUUGGUGAUGACGCCUUCCAAAUGUGUGAAAAUCUUCUGAAACCUUAUUCAAGCCGCGGAUUAAAUUUAACAAAACGGACAUACAACUACCGCUUGACCAGGGCUCGAAGAAUGGUUGAACGUACAUUUGGAAUUUUGGUUGCAAAAUGGCGGAUUUUUACCAAACCAAUUCAUAUGAAGGUGGAAUCGGUGGAUGAGGUUGUAAAGUGUGCUGUUGUGUUACACAACUACCUCCUUAAAAAGGAACCACUGAAUUUGGAACAGAUACAGGAGGACAGCGAGAUGCCAAGCAUUGAAAGUUUUGGACCACGGUCAAGUGUUGCAGUAUCACGGAUGAGAGACUGUUUUGCAGAUUAUUUUUGCUCAGAUGCAGGAAGGGUGGACUGGCAGGACAGAUUUGUUUAA